ACCUGAGCAACGUUAUUAUCAAAUAUUUUUCUGGUGUGACGUAAUAAUACGAUUACCGUUUUCUCCGUCACGUCCGUCAAUACCGUCAUCGAAGCCACGGCGAUAUUUUAUUCGGUUUUACACGUCGGAAGUAACACUUAACUCGAACAAAGCGUUAACAUUUUUACAAGUUAUUAAAAAUAUUUAUGCGGGUGGAAAAACGAAUAAUAAACGGAGGCUUUAGACGAAAAUAAAUGUAAGGGGCCCGUAACCUAAACGAGGCGAGAAUUAAGAACGGAGGAAAAGGAAAAAUCGAUGUUUAGGAAUUAUAAAUUUGCCAGAAUUAAAAUAACAACGGCGACUUUUUACGGUAACGUUUAGUGAACGACGACCGCCAUACCGAUGGAGUCUCUGGUAGUUGGCGUGAUUAUCGAUCGGAAGGCGAACAGGCGCAGCUCUGUCAUGUUGGUCGCUCCCAAAUCUUUGGAUAAAUUUCCGUAAAUACCAUCAUGUCCCGACAACUUUUCUUCUAAGACCACUCCGAAGAUAUACCAAAUUGAGCCAGAUGUAACUUAUUGAUCACUGCCAUAACCAUUCUAAAAGUUCUAUCCUCUUAUAAUUUUCCAACUUGUUCUAUUUUUUUGGAUAUCAUACUCCUAAUGCCAUUGUGUUCUAGGCAACCAUCUUUAACUGGGAGGCAGAAUUGUAGUUCAUGGGAAAUGAGCAAACAAUCAAGUAUGUUUUUCACAGUCGAAGUUGGUGAUACAAAAUUCACCAUACUUAAAAGAUAUCAGAAUUUGAAACCUAUUGGAUCUGGUGCUCAAGGAAUUGUAUGUGCUGCAUAUGAUACUGUUACAAGACAGAAUGUAGCUAUUAAAAAACUCAGCAGACCUUUCCAAAAUGUUACUCAUGCAAAACGAGCCUACAGGGAAUUUAAAUUAAUGAAACUUGUUAAUCAUAAAAAUAUAAUAGGACUUUUGAAUGCUUUCACUCCACAGAAAACUCUAGAAGAGUUUCAAGAUGUAUAUUUGGUAAUGGAAUUAAUGGAUGCUAACUUGUGCCAAGUUAUUCAAAUGGAUCUUGAUCAUGAACGUAUGUCUUAUCUUCUUUAUCAAAUGCUUUGUGGCAUCAAGCAUCUGCAUUCUGCCGGAAUAAUUCAUAGAGACUUAAAACCUAGUAAUAUUGUUGUGAAGUCUGAUUGUACAUUAAAGAUAUUGGAUUUUGGACUUGCCAGAACUGCAGGAACGACUUUCAUGAUGACUCCUUAUGUAGUAACACGUUAUUAUCGAGCACCAGAAGUUAUCUUAGGAAUGGGUUAUAAAGAAAAUGUAGAAAGUUGGUGGAUCUUAUGCAAAGAAGGAGAGUGAAUAAGAGGUAUGGAGAUGUUUGAGGGAAAAGAAUAUAUUGACCAAUGGAAUAAAAUCAUUGAACAGUUAGGUACUCCAUCACAGGAUUUUAUGAAACGACUACAACCGACUGUUCGAAAUUAUGUUGAAAAUAGACCUAAAUAUACUGGUUACACAUUCGAAAAAUUAUUUCCAGAUGUUUUAUUUCCAGCGGAUAGUUCAGAACAUAGUAGACUGAAAGCUAGUCAAGCGCGUGAUUUGUUGUCCAAAAUGUUAGUGAUAGAUCCCGAAAAAAGGAUAUCAGUCGAUGAAGCUCUUAUGCAUCCAUACAUUAAUGUCUGGUAUGAUGAGAGUGAAGUUAAUGCUCCUGCUCCUGCUCCCUAUGAUCAUUCAGUAGAUGAAAGAGAACAUACUGUUGAACAGUGGAAAGAAUUGAUUUAUCAAGAGGUUUUGGAAUAUGAACAGACACACAAUACAUUAGGAAUAGCUUUAAAUUCAGGACGAUCUCAUCAUAAUUCACAAACAGACGGUGCAAUAGAAGACGGAGAAGAUUGUCUAUCAGACCAAUCCUCAAAUGGUACGGCUAAUCCGUAUAAUCGACGAAGAUAGAAAUCAGUUCCUGAAUAGAAUUUGGAUCCGUCUGGUAAAUCUCCUCAAGUCACAAAACCUUUGAGGAGACAUUCUGUACUAGAACAGGAUGUACACUAGUCAACAUUUACUGUCAAAUGCUCAUAUUUUGGUUCAAGUCCAUUGCUAAUACUAAUAAUAAUAAUAAUUAUAAUUAUAAUAAUAAUUAUAAUAUAUAUAUACAUACAUAUAUAUAUGCCAAGUUGUA